AUGGUUCCUGGUGCUUUUAAUGGUAUGGUUGGACGAAUUGCAGCAGAUAAUGGAUUCCAAGCUUUAUAUGUAUCAGGAGCUGCAGUAACCGCUUCUUCAGGAGUUCCAGAUAUAGGACUUAUAACUUUUGAUGGAUUUUGUAAAAUUAUUAAAGAAGUAUCUAUGUCUUCUGGUUUGCCUGUUCUUGCAGAUGCUGAUACUGGUUUUGGAGAAGGAGAAAUGUGUGCAAGAACAGUUUGGGAAUAUUUUUAAUCAGGAGCAUCAGGAUUACAUAUUGAAGAUUAAAUAUUUCCAAAAAGAUGUGGUCAUUUAGAUGGUAAAAGCCUUGUUUCAUAAUAAGAUUUCGUCAGAAAAGUAUAAAUAGCAGCAGAAACUAGUUUAAAAUGCUCAAAUGGAUAAUUCAUUAUUUGUGCUAGAACAGAUGCAAGAUCAGUUGAAGGCUUAGAUUCUGUUAUAACUCGUUCAAAAGCUUAUAUUGAUGCUGGAGCUGAUAUGAUAUUUCCAGAAGGACUUGGAUCUGCUGAAGAAUUUUAAUAAGUAGCUUAAGCUUUAAAAGGAUAUGGACCUAAAGGAGGACCUUUUUUAUUAGCUAAUAUGACUGAGUAUGGAAAAACACCUUAUAUUCAUAUUGAUGAUUUUAAGAAAUGGGGAUAUAAUUGUGUAAUUUAUCCAGUUUCUACUUUAAGAGUAGCUAUGAAAGCUGUUGAUGAUUUUUUCAAAUAAUUAAAUAAUGACGGAACUUAAUAAAAAUCUUUAAAUAAUAUGUAAACUAGAAAAGAAUUAUAUGAAACUUUAGGUUAUACACCAGGAAAAGAAUGGAUUUAUCCAAAUAUGUCUUAGAAUAAAAAAAUUGAAUUACAUAUAUAAAAAAAAUGA